CUGGGCGGGGUCACGUGUGCGGACACCGCAUGGGGGGCAGCGAGGAGGUCGGGGGUCAUGGGGGUCCAUCGCCUCCCCUCCUCCUCCUCUUGCUCCUGGUCCCAGGGCCGGUCCUGGCCGCAGCCCCGCAACCCGGGGAGCCCCGCAACGUGACCCUGGAGCUGAGUCCAGGCUGGCCGGGCCCCGGUCCUCCCCCGAACGUCCUGCACGUGCGGGCGGCGGGGACGCAGUCGACCGUCCACGUGGUGUGGAGCAGCGAGCGGGGCGCUCCCACGGGGCUGCUGGUGGCCACGGACCGGCCGGACAGCGUCCUCCACAUCAACUGGACCCGCCUGCUGGGCCCCGACCCCGCGGGGGCCCUGUCCGUGCAACCUUCCGCCUCCGUGCGCUUCGCUGCCGUCCUCCUCCUGACCAAGCUGUUUGAGGAGGCCAACAGCUUGGGACCAGGCAUCUACCCACCGUACCCGCUGACCAACUUCUCCUGGGACCAGCUGGGCCCCACCCUCAACGCCUCGACCCUGACGGCCACCUUCCGCGGGCGUCCGGCCGCCGACCCCGCCGCCGCCUUUGCCCGGGGCAGCCUGGCCCUCCGGGUGCGGGCAUUCGCGGACCACGGCCGCCCGCGCCUCCCGCCCCGCCUCCUGCACGUGCCCGGGAGCUGCCAACUGCAGCUGGAGCUGGACGGGGUCGCCCCCCGUGGGAACCGCUCGGUCUUCGGCCUGGAGGUGCUGACCCUGAGCCGCGGGCCCGGCCCCCGGCCCGGCCCCCUGCCCCGCCUGGAGGAGCUCAGCUCCAUCGAUGACGAGUACUCGCCCGCCGUCUUCCAGCUGGUCCGUCUGCUCUGGGGCUCCCCCACUUCUGGCUUCCUCCAAUGGAGGCCCGUGGCCUUCUCCUCACCGGGGGCCGAACGAGGGGGAGCCCUGCCGGCCCGGGUGGACGCCCCCAGCCCUGCCACGGGAGAGACCCCACCCUCGCUCCUGCUUCGAGCCUUCUUCGGCCCGGGCCCCUACCCAGACCUCACGGCGCUGAACCUCUCCUGGGGAGGGCCCGAGGGGGCCGCCUACGAGGACCACCGCUAUCUCAGCUGGUCAGCUCUCUUGGGUGUGGGCGCCCCCCCAGCUGAUGACUUCUCCCCCCUGGUGUUGGGGAUCACAGCCACGGCCCUGGGAGCCCCCGUCCUGCUGCUCUUGGCCGGGGGGCUCGCGUUGCUGCUCCUCCGCCGUCGCCAGUCCGAGUACGAUCUCAUCAACUGAGGCCCCGCCGCAGAGGCAUGCUGCUUUUGGCCUCCAUCUCUGCCAAUCUCUGUGACUCCCUGGCCUUUCCCCUGCUCCCCUGGGCUAGGACAGAGGGGGUUGGGGGGAGGAGGGGAGGAGAAUCCAAUAAACUUUAUUUUUUCACAUGG